GUUUGUUACAUGGGAUUGGCCAGGACCGGAUGGGUUAUAGUCCCAAUCUGCUGUUUGGGAAAGAAAAUAGAAGAUGGGACACACUUAUCCCGUUUACUAAAUUAUCCGCUUCGAAGGGGACAAAGCUGACCCAUCAAAACAGCUGGGUCACUUUUGUCCUGCCCUCUCUUUCGAAGCUUUCGUGAAUAACAUCUCAGCCUCUCAGCCUCUCACACAAAGUUUGGUGAAGUUGGGGAAGUACCAUGGAGGAGGAGAAGAAGAAACAGAGCAGCAGAAGAAGGGACCCUAAAACCUCUUCUUCAUCACAGCAUGAGAAGAAAAAGGUUUUGGGGAUGAAUUCGUUUCAGAUAAGCGACGGAAGCCUUCCUCAAGGAGAAAACAAGAAAAGGAUAAAAGAGCAAUUGAACCACUGCAUCUCCAGGAUAAUGGUAAAGAUACCUGCCCAGUUGCAGGGAAUGUUAAGACAUGAGAUUGAAGAGGCACAAGUUGAAAUAAUGGAGAAGUUGAACCCUGCAUUACUAAAGCUACUUAAAAAGAGGGGUGAAGAAAAAUUGAAGCAGAAAAAGGUUUCAGCUCCAAAUAUUUCCGCUAAUAGAGAGCCAGAAAAUGUACAGAAUGAGGAUGCUAAUGAUGCAAAAAGUUCUCCUUUCUCUGAGAGUAGUACGACUCGUAGAGUGGCAAAAAUAACCUCAGAUGAUUCUCAUGAUGGGCUAGAUAAUAGGGGGACAUGGAAUUCUAAACCAGCCAAUAGCAGUUUGUGGAAGGCAUGGAGUGAGAGAGUUGAGGCAAUUAAGGAUAUAAGGUUUUCCUUGGAUGGUGCUGUUACUGGUAGUGAUCUUGUUCAGGUACCAGAGACUGGUAAUAUUACCAUGCGUGACUUCUUGCGUACUGAGGGGGAUCCAGGAGCAGCAGGUUACACAAUCAAAGAAGCAGUGGCACUCACUCGAAGUGUGAUUCCAGGGCAGCGAACCCUUGCAUUGCAAAUCCUUUUAGCUGUUCUUGACAAAGCACUACACAAUAUUCAACAAGGUCAAGUUGGAUGUACUGCGAGAAACGUUGAUAAUGUUUACAAUUCUGUCGACUGGGAAGCUGUUUGGGCUUAUGCACUUGGCCCAGAACCUGAGCUUGUUUUAUCACUAAGGGGUUUGCCAUUGGAUCUGCUGCACUAGUGUCCUUGGCCCUAUUUGGUGCCUUUGUGAGCCGUGCAGCUAUAUCAACUGUAGAUGUCCUAACUCCUAAGGACUUUAUUGGCCUGAUAGUUGGUGCCAUGCUUCCUUACUGGUUCUCUGCUAUGAUAAUGAAGAGUGUGGGAAGUGCAGCUUUGAAGAUGGUUGAGGAAGUUCGCAGACAGUUCAAUAUCUUUAUUUAUUUAUUUUAUCAGAUAGCAAUAUCUGCUUCUAACACUGGUGGUGCAUGGGACAAUGCUAAGAAGUACAUUGAGGCUGGCGCUUCAGAGCAUGCAAGAACACUUGGGCCAAAGGGCUCUGAACCACACAAGGCAGCUGUGAUAGGUGACACCAUUGGAGACCCUCUCAAGGACACCUCUGGCCCCUCGCUCAACAUCCUUAUCAAGCUUAUGGCGGUGGAGUCACUUGUCUUUCAUCCUUUUCUUCGCCACUCAUGGUGGCCUGCUUUUUAAGAUCUUUUAGGGGAGUCUAUGACGAGAAAGCAUUGUUGGGGAUGGCAAAAGGCUCAGUUUCAUUUAGUUGACGAGAUAACAUUGUUGGGGAUGGCUAAAGGCUCAGUUUCAUUUAGUUCUAUUUUUGGUCCUGAGGAGGAAGAGGCUUAUUUAACUUUUUUUUUCUGUUUUUUUACCAUUUUUCUUGUACCAGUAUACCUCCUUCUUAGGUAGUGUUUUAUUCAAGUUAUGAACUCUGAGAAUCAAUUACAAUCUAGUUUGGCGAGAGCUUAAACAUCAUGAAAUGAUUGUGGAAAAAAGAGGCUCAA